AUGAAUAAGCCGACCCCCAGGUCAUUUACCAUGCGCUGCUGUCCCCCCUCACCUCGGCCCUGGGCGGUGGUGGCGGUGGUGGCGGCAGCGCUGCUGGCGUACUGGCUGCUCACACUGCUGGCCAAGAGAAGUGCGGAGGUGUUGUACCUGGCCGCGGAUGCUCUGACCACCCCCCUGACCCGGGUCACUCUGGCGAGUGUGUUGGCCAUCAACGUGGCCCGGAACACCACCGCCAUAUUUGACGGCUUCAUCACGGCUUUCAACCCGCGACUGCCGAACGACUGGCUAGGUGGGUGGGUGGACGAUCUGGUCCGGCUGAUGGUUCAGAGCCUCACUCCCCUGGAUGGUUUGCUGACCAAGAUGAGCCUGGUUUGUUUGGUUCUUUGCAGCUGUGCAGUAGUUCUCCGUUGGAAGGACAUCCUGUUCUCCCAUUACCUGCUGCCCUCCAUCGAGGCCAUGGACAAGGGCCCCGAGCUGGUGGCCAGCUUCGUGAACCCCGUGUCCAAUCUAUUGAACUGGAUCGUGAUUGUGGCUUCUGCCGCCUGGUUGGCCAUGGCUCUGGGGAUCAACUUGAAGCCCAUGUUGGCGGUGGGAGGGGCCAGCGGUAUUAUCAUAGGUCUGGCCACGCAGCAGGUCCUGAGCAACUUCGUGAGCGGACUUAACAUAUUCCUGGCGAGGCCUUUCGUGGCGGGAGAGUACAUCAGUCUCAUCUCACAAAAUCUCACCAGCCAGACAAAUGAGGUGGAGGCACGAAUGAGGAAGCGCUGGAUGCAGCGCUGCCGAAUGACAANGGGCCUGACCCGUACAGUCAGCUACCAGUCAACUACCCUGUCCUGGCGAAUAAGUGACGGGGCAACGAAGACGAGGGUUCGUCACUCCGUGGCCAAACUAAUGAUCGUCAAGUUUGUGGACACGGGCGCGGAGGUCACCGCCAAGGUGAACCUGGCUUGGCGGAUGGGUGGUUCCGGAGCUCAUCAUCAGCUGCACGCGUUGGAGCGCAGAGAAAAGCAGGAGGAGCUCAUACAGAACGCCAUGUUGUCGCUCCAAAGGGUCAUCCGCAGCUUCGACGGCGUCUUCAUGACACCGGCUUAA